UUCAACUACGAGAGUACCAGAUUCGUUUUAAUUUUUCACAAAUUUUACUUAAACCAUUAAAAACAAUAAUAUAAUAUAGUACAAUAAGGUUUUGUUCAUAAAGCAUUUAGAAUAAUGAACUUGUAGGCCAUUAUUGUAAUCACAUCAUUGUACCACUUUUCCAUUUAUAAGAGUUUAAAAUGUCAGAUAAGCACUUUAAGUUGGGGCAAAGGGUGCUAGUUACUGGAAAGAAUGUGAAAGGAGCUAUUGCCUAUUUUGGUUGUCCAACAUUUGCAUCUGGCAAUUGGGUCGGUAUUAUACUUGAUGAGCCCAAAGGGAAGAACAAUGGUACAGUACGCGGCCACGCAUAUUUCCAGUGCGAUGAAAACUGUGGUAUAUUUAUUCGUCCAAACCAGCUUCAAAUAUUGGAUGCAGAUGAUAAUCCAAUGGAAACCUCCAUGACAACAUCCAGUGAAGACACAAAGACAUCUAUACCAAAUCGGCGGCUAAGCAGUGCAACAGUUGCGCAGAGGUCUAGGCCGACUACGGUGCGUCGCAAACCGUCGCCAGCGCAGUCGAAAGCCGGGAAUUUAUCGAUGUCAAGUUCCAGGACAUCAUUGGCGAGUAGCCGCCAGUCAUUGUCAUCGUUCAUCUCGCCGACUACUGAGCGGGCCUCCUCGCCUGACCUAACAAAGCGAUCUUCGUUUGUUGAGACGGGCUUCGUAGAAACGUUGACGCCACAAUUCACUCCAGGCCAAAGUAUCACUUCCCCUCAGCCGUCAGCUGAAGAUAAAUUGGCGAAUAUGCAGGCGCAACAAGAGAUAACAAACCUUAAACUCGAAGUGGAAGACCUAAAAGAGAAGCUGGAGACGAUAAAGGUCCGUCGCGCUGAAGAUAGGGAGAAGCUUCGAGAGCUGGAGCGGGUUAGGCUUCAGCUGGAGCAAGCCAACGAGUUCAAGGUCAAGAUUAUGGAAUCCCAAGCUCAGCUCCAACGGGACUUGCAAAGGGCGAAGCAAGAGGUUCGUGAAGCUCAGGAAGCCUUGACAGUCCACAACGAUGAAACGGCAGAGCUACAAGAAGCCGCGGAGAUGGCAGCGCUGGACAAGGAGAUGGCCGAAGAGAGGUCGGAAGCGCUGCAGAUGGAACUGGAACAAUGCAGGGAGAAGCUGGAGGAGGCAACUCUGGACCUUCAGCUGAUGAGGGCGGAAAUGGAAGCUGGCGGAAAUAUACAGAAUAUGUCCCAGGGCCAUUAUCAGCAUCCGUACGCAGCGGGCGAAGGCGCCACAGGCUACGAGGUGAGGCAACUCCAGCAACAGAACACGAGGCUCCGAGAGACCCUCGUUUGCCUGAGGGAUCUCAUAGCACACGACAAGCAUGCUAUGCAGAAGGUUCAUAAGGAUAUAGAUCAAUACAAAUCGGAGAUAGCAGAGCUGAGCAGGACUAAAGAGAAGUUGUCCUCGCGUGUGGAAGAGCUGGAAGCGCAAGUGGGAGACCUACGGGAGCAAGUGGACGCGGCCCUCGGCGCUGAGGAGAUGGUGGAACAGUUGGCGGAGAAGAAGAUGUCUUUGGAAGAUCAGGUGGAGCAGCUGAAGCAAGAUGUCCAGGAGCUGGAGGCGUUGCAGGAGAUUCAUGAGCAGCUGGUGGAGUCAAACCGGGAGCUCGAAAUGGACUUACGGGAGGAGUUGGAGAUGGCUCACGCAGCUACCCGAGAGGCGGUAAGAGAAAGAGAAGCAGCCCUGGAGACGAUCUUGGAUCGUGAUUCCACGAUUGUGAAGUUCCGAGAGCUCGUUCAACGGAUGACGGAGCAACACAACGACAUGAGGAAUCAGCUCGACUCCAAGAUUGGUUCUCCAGCGCCGUCGGAGCAAGAGACUCCGGAAGCAGUGGUCAGGUCACCGCCGGAGCUGGGGUCCCUUGUCCAACAGUCCCGAGCUUCUACGCGCUCCAUUGACCUGCAGCUGAGGGCUCUCGAGCUGAACCAGGCCAGGGCUAGAGCCAACAUGUUGGCCGCCUGUCUGCCUGAUCACUUCAUGGCCAGUGGCGGUGACCACGACGCCAUCUUGUUUAUCCUGUUACUCCAACGGCUGAACGCUAAAGCUGAAAUUAUACUCGGACAGAUCAGAGAAAGGUUCCCGGCUGUGAACGUGUGGGAUCGUGAAGCUAUAACCAAGACACACACCGCUGUCCAGUACAGCUUCCGAUGCCAGCUGGAGUACCAGCUCAUGAUGAUCCAGUGCAUGGUCUGCAUGUGGAGCAACGCUUUAGAGCUGUGCACGCCCGAGGUGUUAUUAAAAGCGGCAUCGGCUCUGCCCGACGCGGCAUCUCAAGAGCGGGCAUUGGACGCAGCUGCCCAUUUGCUCAAGACCAACGAGUUGGAUGAGAACUGCGCUCUGGAUGGUAUGGAGCGUUGCUGGUCGUACCUGUCGGCCAUGUGGUCAGCCCUGGGCAUGGCGAAGGUGGAGGGAGCGGGCAGCACGCGCGAGGCCGUUGUGGUCGCGUGCGGCGCGCUCGACGCCCUCGCACGCGCAUUGCACGCGGACGCCAGCGCACUCACGCAGAUACUGCAGGCGUCCGAUCGACAGCUAGAGUUGGGUCUGCUGCACGAGGCCAUCCAAUCCAGCAGUUCGUCGCUGCAGCAGCAACUCAAGGCCGUGAGGAGGCGGCUUCCGCCUGGAGUUAAUCUCAGCAAUUUGCCACUUGACCUGCAGCUCCUAGACCGUCUACGUGGCGAAAGUGCCAUUGCCCUGUGGCGUUGCGCACGGGCGGUCUCCUUAGCCGCGAGGGCGGCGUGCGCAUGCGCAGCUACGGCCGGGGAGAGGGCGGACGGGGCGCCUCUGCCUCACCAGCAGUUGCAGGCCAUCUGGACGGCCGCCACUGACAAGAUUUACCAGCAGGACGACCACGGCCCAGUGAAAACGAUUAAGCACGGAUUGUCUAUAGUGUCGAGUGACGUCAUCAAAUUGGCCAACUUCACGCAGGACAAGGAGUAUGACGUCAUGUCCCUCACGAACGUCGCGCAGGACAAGCCGACGCCGCCCAUAGUACUGCGCGCGCAGCACGUGAAGAAGCAGCUGGAAGAGACGAAGACUCUCACCAUCCGUCUCGAGAACAAGGAAGCGGAUAUAAAGGAGCUGAAGAAAAUACUCAAGACGAAGCAAGAGGAGAUAUCGGAAAUGCAGAUCCGCCGCGACUUCGCGGAGAAGAAGCUGUCGACGGCCGCGAGGGACGCGGAGCUGAAGGCGCAAGAGCUGCAGAGGAAGCUGGAAGAUGUCAGCAAUCAGCUCAAGAGAAAAGAAAAGGAAUUCGAAGACACAAUGGACCACCUGCAACAAGACAUCGACUCUUUGGAGAGUGAGCGAGGCGCGUUGCGGGACAAACUUAAGAUGUACGCCAAACCUGGCGGACGGCACGCGGUGGCGCCACCAGUGCCGAGUUUACGAGACUUCUCACCGGUGGCAACACCAACGCCCAUAAAGGAUACACCACAGGAAUCACCAGUGAAGGUGUCUCCCGGGUUGGUGACUGGAGAGGUCAACGAGGCUCUACAGCAUCAGCUCAAGGUCCUGAGUUGGCGCGUAGAACGCGAACGUGCGGCUCGCAUAGCGGCGUGCGCGCGCGCAGAGCGUGCGAGCGUACGCAGUCUUCGUCCACUGGAGAACCCUGGGGCUCCGGCCGCAGCCGCCCGGAGGCACGCCGCCGCCCAGGUUGAAGCAGAACUAUCCGCAUUGCAAACGGAAUGGACGUUGUUCGUGGCACGAUCCGGUCUCGUGAAGUUCCCAGAGGAACCAGGGAAGUAUGCGCGUGCGCUCCAACAACAUAAGGAGAAACAGAGAGAGAUGAGGAGACAGCUGGAGGAACGACUGCGUACGCUACAGCAGGAGGCGCGUACGUUGCUGUCCGUACACCGGCCGUGGCGUUGCGUGGAAGCUGACCUUACGGACUUCCCGGCGCCGGAUCUUACUGCUGCUUUGACAGCGAAGGCAGUGGACAUAGGAACAAUCAAGUACCCGGCGCCCGCUGGUGUCACAGAUGACACGAUUUACGUCACGCCCACACAACUUGCUAGAAUACGGGAAUUGGUUGAAGAGCUGAAGUCGGAUGAUGUACAACUGGAUUUGAAACCACUGGAUGUUACAGUUUGCGCAGCCUAACAGUUAAACAAAAUUAUAACUAGGAUCUUCAAUAAUUUUAACUAAAUUCAAAGUAUAUCCCAGGCAUUUAACUUGUUGAUUCUAUAGGAAAUUAACUUUUUUUUUUAAUUCCCUUAAGAUCAAAAAUUUUUUUUUCUACUAUUUAUGGCCUUCAUUAUUUACAAUGUGUCUUUGUAUGACCAUAAACAAAUGAAAGAUGUUUUAUUCCAAGUCUUUCGAUAUUCUACGCUUAAUUGCGUUCCAUAUUUAAAUGGGGCUUAGACAAGUGUUGAAUGAAGCGUGACAAUAUGAAAUCACGUGACCGAUUGAUGUACUUAUUGUGUCUUUGCUCCAAAUUCAAAUUUGGAACGCACGUCUUAGACAUAAUCACAAUCGAAUAUGGAACGCUUUCACAUGACAUAGAUUAUAAUUUAAAAAAAAUUGUCAUUAAGGAUAUGUUCAAAAGUUUUAAUAGUUGUCUUUGAGGAGCUCGGUCUGUCAAAAAGUUUCUGGUACUUUUUGACAAUAUAUGUAUCAAUAUAAUUUAAGCGGAAUAUAAAACUUUGUAUUAUAUAAAAAUGUUGUGUUAUAUUAUUAAAUUUAUAUUUAACUUUAAUAGCUAUUUAUCGUUUAUAUGUGAAUUGUCGAAAAAACUCUGCAAUUAUUUAGCUUUUCAAUCUAUCUUUACUUAACUGAUAAUUACUUAAUCGACGACUCAGUACAGUUAAUAUUAGUAUGUAAAAAGUAAGAUCUCGCUCGCAAAUUUAGUUAAUCUAGACAUUGUGAAGCGUUAUCCUUACAUUGUAAUUAAUAAAACUUAUUUAUUAAAA